AUGUCGAAUACAACAUGUACUGGAUGUAAACACAUAUGUCGUACUAUUUGCACGAAUAUUGAUAGUAUUCCAUCGAGUAAGGUGAGUGCAUUGAAACCAACUGGGAAAAUGCCAUUCAAUGGUGAAUUCAAUGAAGAGGUGAAUCCAAUCAACGACACAUUUUAUUCACAUGAUCUUGGUGGCGGUUGGAUGUUUAAGGAGGAGACGACGAAUUGCAACGACGUUCCACAAUCUGGUGCAGCAAUCAUCAUUGUUUGUAGAGAUAGAUGGAAACAACUGAAUAAUACAUUGUCCGCUCUGAUUCCAGUUCUCCAGAGACAACAUUUGUGUUAUCGAAUAUUUGUUAUUGAACAACAGGGUACUGGUAUUUUGAACAAAGCUCAGUUGAUGAACAUUGGUUUUAUUGAAGCACGUAAACGUUUUGAUUUCAACUGUGUUAUAUUUCAUGAUGCCGACUUAAUACCAUUGGAUGAUAGAAUACCACAUGGUUGUGAUGAAGAGACGAUGGAGAGUGUGGUUCAUUUGAGUGUUGGA